GUUUGCUUCGCGGUGUUUUAGUACUCAUAAACAACCGUUAUUAUCACGAAGAUAACUUUCAGUUUGUGUAAAUAUUGAAAAAAAUUCUUCCCAUUUCACUCUUUAACCUUCGUGUUUUGCACAAUGACCAUUUUGAUAUUGAUUAUUUCCUUUUGGUCUACUUGUCAAGGGCGAUCGUAUUGGCGUUUAUCCGUAGGCAACAUGGUAGAUGAAGCUACAGUUACUAUUAGAUGGUCGUGUACUUACUUCAUAGACAAGAAACUUUUUAACCACAGAGACAGUGUUCCUGUAAUGUUUGCCCAGAUUCGAAAGAGCUCGACCUGGAGAAACAUUGUUAUGUUGAAUAACACAGGAUAUUAUCUGCUAAAUACUGAUCCGAUCGAAAGGAACAAUUCAACUUCUGACGGUGUUUGUGAAAAUCGAACGGAUAAUUAUCAUCAUGAAUGCAGUUUGAGAAUUAUUUCAACAUUUAAAAUGAAUGGAUGUUCAAUUGAUCCAGAUCUGUUUUUUGUCUACCGGUGUCAAUUUUCAAAUGGAAGUGGGAUAUUCACAAGCUUUGAAAAUGAAAGUGUGGGAAAAGGUGGUUUAAGGGUUUAUGACAUUGAUUUUCGUCAGGGAAGCAUUGAAUUACAAACAAAUAACGAGAAUCCUUUUUCCGAAGGGGAUGUUGUGCAGCUGCAGUUUAGUGGAAACAUCAGAAGAGUUCCUGCGUUUACAAAAGGUGUCAAAUGUUGCAAGAAAAAAUUUGGAAAAUUCAAACCCAUAAGCCUACAAGAUUCUCCCAUUAUGACAUUAGUACCGAGCGGCCAAAAUGGAUGCAAUCAACAUUCUUUGAUAUUUUAUCACAUUACACAAAAUGACACAGAGCUGGAAAUCAUGUGUGAUGCGGAAGACCGUAUCCGAACGACUCGAUGCAGUGAAACAUCUGAUUCUCCGAAAAUUCUGAUUAACACAAGCAUCAAAACAAAAGGGAAGUGGUAGAACAAUUAAACUACUAUGUAUGGCAUCUGCAUUCUCUGCGACAAAAUUGACGGUAAUUUUUAUGUCUUUUAUGUUUUCACCGUAUUUUAUGUUACAAGUAUUAGUUUAUGGAAAGGUACAUUCUUAAUCCAAUUCCAAUAAUUGGGUUGAUAAUAAAAAUAUAUACCAGUGAUUCUCUACCAAAAAUUAUCAUUCAAAUUAAAUAUUUCCCUGUUAGAAACUUCCACUGCAUAUUUCUUAGCAGUUGACUUUUAGCUCUACUGAGACCAGAAGGGCUUAUGCGAUAGUAAGGCGUCCGACUGACUAUCUGUCUGUAAAGAAUUUUUCAAAAUGGUUAAACAGUUUUUGUCAGAUUUCAAUAUAACUUGGCUACAAGUGGGCUAUA